AGCCUCUCUCGGGUUUCUGGUGACUAUUCCUUGCUCCUGGAUACAUUAAAGGGAAAAACUCAGAAGCUGCAGGACUUAGAUUCAAGAAAUUCAAUAUCUAAGUAGUCAUGGCAUCAGCCGAGGAUGAAGUAUUGACAAUUAAGUGGACAAAAGUCUUGAUAUCUGGUCCACCUGAAACUGGGAAGUCUUCGAGUAUAAAGCUAUUGCUAGGUGAGGUUCCAAAUCCUCUACACGACAGUACACCCAUUAUCAAACCAGUACAGGCAGUUGUACAAUCUUCCGACGAAACAGGGACAAGAUUUACGAGAAUAGAAAGCAUAAUCGAUCAUAUUCAAUCAAAAAUUUCAACUUCCAGCAAUGAAUCAGAUGAGCAGCACUUUAUUUGUAUUACUGAUACUGGUGGUCAGGCCGCCUUCCUAGAUAUAGCUCCUGCCUUCCUCCGUGGAAAGUCAGCUGUUGUCAACAUUGUGACACAGAAGCUUACAAAAGGGUUGAAAGAUGAGACAGAGUUCUUCUACAGUGUGCAAGGGAAGCGCAUAGGAGAUCCUGUCAAACGUAAACUGACCAAUGAACAAGUUCUGGAUUGGCUGAUUAGUUCUAUUGUGUCUAUGGAGAGCAGGGGCCCUAAUGAAGAAUCAUAUGAAAUUGUUUGCGAUUCUUCUAAACCAAGUGUAUUUGUAUUUGGCACUUUUUAUGAUCAAUCGGUAAAUUUUGAAGAGAAAAAGGAGCACCUAAACGAGUAUUUGGAUAAGUUUGAUAGAGAUGUUACCAUUCAAAAUUUUUGUAGUGGUAAUCGAGUUUUCCCUUUAAUUGCCAAUAAAUCAAGUUCAGAACAGAAAAACCCAAAUACAUUUGAAAAGAUCAUACAUAAAAUCUGCAAGUCGUAUACAAAAGCCAAAAUCUCACGCAACCAGCUUCAACUAUUAAAAGGAAUUCAGGACUCUUGCAAAGAGAAAAACGAGACAACAAUACCUGUUGAAGAAUGCUAUAAAAUUGGAAAGAAGCACAACAUGAAACCUGAUGAUGUCCAGAAGACGUUGCUUUUUUUCCAUGAUUUGUCUGGAAUAAGUUACUUUACAGCACUUCCUAAUGUUGUAUUCCUGAAGCCUCAAGACCUUGUUGAUGAUAUAUCACUUCUUAUUAGCAUCUCAUUCUUUGAGGGAAGUGACUAUAUAGAAGAUACGCUAAAGAUUGACAUGCCAAAUGAUGCCUUGGAAAAUAUGCAACAUGGAUAUUUUGAGACAAAGGUAAUCAACAAAAUUGCUCGCUUUUGUAAGCCGUCAGAUUUGCUUACAUUGAUGAUAGAGUUGCACAUCACUGCAAAGUUCGAAAGAGAUAAAUAUUUCCUUCCCUGUGUCUUACUUACUGCUGGUGAAAAAGAAAUUUCAACAUUACGAAAAUCUUACCGUGACAAAGUGGAGCCAUUGAUUGUAUCCUGGGACAACAAGGUUAUACCACGAGGACUAUUUUGUACGCUGAUUACAUUUCUUCUUAAAGAUGAUAGGAUAAAACUAGUUGAAUUGAACAAACGAGGCAAACCAACCAACAUCUACAGGAAUGCCAUUCAAUUGGUUUACAAACCGUCUGGCGGAAUCCUCCUCAUUGACUCUGUGACAUACAUAGAGAUUUAUUACAAUGGGCAGCAAGCCAACUGCUACGAAAUAAAGGAAUUCAUAUUUGAUUGCUUAACCAUCAUAAUCAAGGAGCUUCACGGCAGUCAUAACUAUUUAAAGCUACAAAUGCAAUUUUUUUGUAUAGACAAAAAGUGUGAACAUCCUUCUGUUCACCUGUGUGUUCUGAGUGAGCGUGACCAUAAAACGCUUACCUGCCCAUACGGUAAUGUUACCACUUCAGAGGUUACCACUCGACAGCGCCCAUGGCUAGGUGACAAAGUACACAUGCACGUAUAUUUACAUGAGCAACCACCUUUACAUGAGCUAUGUGCCAAUAUUGAAGCUAUGGAGCCAGGGAAAAUACAAUCUCUAGCUAAUCAACUUAACAUAUCAGGUGAUUACAACAGACUAGAUGGUGUGUUCGAAGCUUGGCUAAAAGAGUGCUCUAAGCCAACAAGGCUUCAAGUUAUUGAAGCAUUACGUGCAAUAGGGGAAAAGGAAGCUGUAAAUGACUAUGUAAAUAAGAUUGAGGAAAGAACAUUUCAAGAUAAUAUUACAAAUAGCAAGAAACUAGAUGUUGAUACCAUUUUAUUUGCCUUAAAAAAGAUAGGAUUUGAUAUGAAGACUACUUUUGAUUUAGCUGAAAAACUUGAUUUAAGUCAGGAUUGGUACGAUGAGAAUGAAGAAAAGUAUGAAGACGAGCCUUUUGAGAAUAUUCUAAAAGAAUUUAUGUCACAUUGGCUUCAUGGUGAAGGGAAGUCUCCUAAAACAUAUGGAACACUACGUGAUGCUUUGACAACUUUGACAAACAGGUAUGAUGCAUUGAUUGAAGAGACUUUUUCUGCCAUGGGUAUAGGGUCUGAUGAAACACAGAAACAAGUUAAUGAUUAUACAUCUGUUAAAAACCUCCUGUUAGACAAAGCGCCUCAAAAGAGUCACCUUCUUAGGCUAUUUAACCAUUCUUCCUCCCAUUAUUCAACUAUUGGGACUGCACUUGAUGUACAAGUAGAUGACCUUUUGCACAGUCAACAAGCAGCCUCUGAUAAGCUGAUACUAGUGUUCCAGAGAUGGAUAGAUUCCAAUAAUGAUGUGACAUGGAGAAGAAUACUUCAAGUUUGUGAAGACUUUCCAGAUCAACUUGGCAAAGCAAAAGCUGAAGUUGAGAGAUUUCUUUCAUCACCUAGUGCCCUCUCUCUUACUGAUGCCCAGCCUGAUGAUAAUAAUGUCUCUAAACCUCAACCCUCCACACCUAAUGCCCUCUCUCUUACUGAUGCCCAGUCUCAUGAUAAUAAUAUCUCUAAAUCUCGACCCUCUACUGAAACUCACUGCAGUUAUGUUAAAGUUAUUUUCAUUGCUUCUUUACUACUAUUAUUCAUUGCCAUUAUAAUAUCUUUUUUUUUAUCAAAACUGAUAAAUUUUGAGCUCUAAAAAUUU